GCAGCCGGGGUGAAAAUGUUCACGUUCACUCUAACGUUCAUACGGCAUGGAGAGACGCAGUACAACAGAGACAAACUCCUGCAAGGGUUGCUGAAAGAAGACAAAUACCUUAGAGACAUCAAGUUCUGCAAAGUCUUUGUUAGUAACCUGCAGCGAGCUGUGCAAACAGCUGAACUAAUUCUCAGGAACAACAUUCACUGCUCUGGCAUGGAGAUGUUCUUAGAGCCCUUACUCAGAGAACGGGGUUUUGGCAUCGCCGAAGGUCGUCACAAACAGGAUCUGAAGAACAUGGCGAACGCAUCUGGUCAGUCAUGCCGUGAUUACACGCCUCCAGGAGGAGAAACGUUAGACCAGGUGAAGCUGAGGUUCAAAAAUUUCCUCCAGGUCCUUUUUAAACAAAUGCUGGACAUGCACGACGUCUCAGGACAGGAAAUCUCCUCAGUGGCACAAUCGGCCAAUGACGGCGCCUCCUCGGACAUCUCUCCCAGCGGCCUGGCCAGCGAUGGUCUCCACGGCGCCUCGGCCCACGUUCUGGUGGUGGGCCAUGGCGCUUACAUCCGGGUGGCCAUUAGGCACCUCGUGGAGGACUUGAAGUGCGGUCUGCCUGCUGGCGAGAAGAUGUCACAGCUGUUUUCGCCUUGUCCUAACACGGGCAUCAGCCGCUUUGUUGUCACUCUGAGCCGGACCAAGUCGGGUCCGGUGCUUUCUGCCGUUCACUGUCUUUUCACCAACAGAAAGGACCACCUGCAAAACCUUCCAGAUUCUAAAUAGGAAAAAGGGAGUGAAGAAUAUCAGAUUAAGGCCCCAGUAGUGGCACAGUAAACUAAGAUCAACAGUGUUUUCUUGAUAAUCAGCAUGUUUUACUGUUGACCAAUGAUGAAAAUCAUUUAGCAUCACUUUAAGUUAGUUCCUUCAAAUAUUACGCUUGUAGGGAAGGACACUAACUCGUGAUUUAAUUACGUGUUUUCUAAUUUAACACCAAAGUUGAAUCUAUUAUGUCUUUGGGUGCAGAUGUUCCUCAUACAACGUGUGCAAUAAAAGUUGAAGCAUAGAAUCAUGACUGAUUGUAAAGACACUAUACCGGGUGAUGUGUGUGACUGCUUGUUUGUUGCCGGGUGUUAAAGUAUUAGUUUUGCAAAAAUUUGAGCUGACUUCUAAGCUAAAUGCCUGAGACUGGCAUUCAAACCUGACCUCAUUGUUUAAAGACAAAUUAAUCCCCAUAAAGUGACAACUUUCAGCUCCAUUCUGACCUGAACUUGCAAGAAAAUCGUUUCAUUAGGUUGCAUUAUUCAUCACUACUGAUUCUGUAUGUACACAUAUGUUGACACUCCUGGUAAAAAAUGUGAACAAAGCUUUAAAAUAAAUGUAUCUUUCACGCA